UUUUUACUGCUAUUCUUUUCUGUAUUAGGGGCCUGGGGUGAGAGAUUUUUUGAUAUUCUUCCCUUUUUAUUCUCUUGUUUUCAUUCGUUGGUUUCUUAGUUUUCUGGAUUGCAUUGCAGAGAGCUCUGGUGGAAAUCCCAAGCCAAUUUUGGUCCAUGCGUGGUUGAAUUGCUGGCUUGGGAAUUGGGGAUUGAGGGAUUUGGUUGAUGUGAUCAUGUCGAUUUUUUUCUUAUUUCCCUUUAAUUUUCCGGAUUUUUGGGUUUAUUAAGUGGUGGUACGGACGACCUUCCUUUAAAAGUGUCUUUUUUUUGGGGCAUUUGACAAUGAGGCUAUUUUUUUACUUAUUUUUUCAAAGCAGAAUUUUUUGAAUUUUUCUUUUUUUUUUUCAAAAAAAAAUGUCAUAUAGUUUGUGAAAAAUGUCCGUCUCUUCCCCUCUCUUUUCUGGCGCGCGACUAUCUAUUGGGAAGGGGAGGGUCCCUGUAGCCUUUUUCUGGAAAAAUAAUUCCACUUUUUGCUUCUUCUUCUUUUUUCCCUCAAUUUGAUUUAACCAGAAUGAUUGUUUUUGCCCUUUUUGCAAGCGUAAGUUUGCAAUUGUUUAUUAGCCUUUGGCCUGGGAAGCGAAUGCAGUCUCUGUAUCUUUCUCCCUUUUGAUCGUUUGGUGCUUCCUUUUGUUUUCCCGGUUAAAGACUGUCUGAUUUGGUUUUCCGGAAUCAUGUGGGCAAGAUUUUGGGCGUCUCAGGAAGAAAUGGCGGAGCUGCCGAAGCUCCUCUAUAUCUUGGUGGACGACGGGGAGAAGAGCGACGUCGAAGGGAAUUCGUCGUUUCCUUCGCCGCCGUCCUCGUUCCGGUACACGCGCUCUCUGUUGCAGAGCACUCUGCAAUUCAUGGGCUGCAAAGCCCGACAUGCCUUCAAGAUUAGCCGAAGGGUUUUCGAGGUGUUGAGAAGCGAGUGUCUUGGGGAUGUGACGAUGCCUGUUAAGGAUGAAGGUUUUAACCGCAGCUGCCGAGAAAAGGAAGGUGGUAAUGAUUCCGUCUCUGCAGAUGCUGGUGAAAAUGACAGCAUACCGUUCGAGGCAUACAAGAGGCGUACAACCAUCACUGUUGAUAGGAAGACCUUCUUGGACGUUGUUUGUGAUGCCCUUUCCCAGUACAAGUAUGUUGGUCCAAAUCAAAGAGCUGAUUUGGUUUUAGCAUGCAGAAUUCGUGAAAGGAAAGAAUCUGUGACAGUUCUGCUAUGUGGAACAAGCGGGUGUGGCAAGUCCACUUUAUCUGCACUGUUGGGUAGCCGCUUGGGUAUCACAACGGUGAUUUCUACUGACUCCAUUCGGCACAUGAUGAGGAGUUUUGUAGAUGAGAAGCAAAAUCCUUUAUUAUGGGCGUCUACGUACCAUGCUGGUGAGUUCUUGGAUCCAGUUGCAGUUGCCAAGGCAAAAGCAAAACGCAAAGCAAAGAAAUUAGCAGGCAAGUCUGCUGCAGUUAAAGUGGACGAGGAUGGGUCUUCUCACGGAAAAUCUGAACCAAGACUUGAUUCAGCUUCUACAUUGGAAGCCAUCGGCACAAAACAAAUGGCCAUCGAGGGAUUCAAGGCCCAAAGUGAGAUGGUAAUUGAUAGUCUAGAUAGACUUAUUACCGCAUGGGAAGAAAGGAAUGAAUCUGUUGUUGUUGAAGGUGUCCAUUUAAGCCUUAAUUUUGUGAUGGGCCUCAUGAAAAAACAUCCUUCAAUUAUACCCUUUAUGAUUUACAUAACAAGUGAGGACAAACAUAUGGAAAGGUUUGCUGUCCGUGCAAAGUAUAUGACAUUGGACCCAGCAAAAAAUAAAUAUGUCAAGUAUAUACGCAAUAUCAGGACCAUCCAGGAGUACCUAUGCAACAGAGCUGAUAAGCACUUGGUGCCAAAGAUUAACAACACAAAUGUAGAUAGGAGUGUAGCUGCCAUCCAUGCAACAGUUUUUAGUUGCUUGCGGAGGCGUGAAGCUUAUGAGCAGCUUUAUGACCCAACAACAAACACGGUUGCUGUAAUUGAUGAGGAAUACAGAAAUCAGUGUGCUGCUAAUUCUUUAAGUUCAAAAGGAAUGUUCCAGCUAAUUCAAAGAAAAGGAUCUUCUCGGCACCUGAUGGCUCUUCUUAACAUGGAUGGCUCCAUAGCCAAGGCUUGGCCUGUCGAACCAGUAGAUAAUGAUGGAACCUUGACACUGAGCUAUGGAAUGGACAAGGGGGACAGAAGUCCUUUAUAUGGCCCCUUGCAGAUUGGGAAAGCAGAGCCGGUGAACUUGCAGUUUGGUAACUUCGGCAUUAGUGCAUGGCCCAGUGAUACUGCAGGGACCAGCUAUGCUGGAAGUAUCGAUGAUUCCAUUAAAGGUGAUACUGCUGAGAGUGGAAGCCGGUAUCAGUCGUCAUGCUGUAGUUCACCAAGGUUUUCUGAUGGAGCUGCAAAAGAGCUUAAAGAGGAGAUAUCGGUUUGUGGCAGUGAAGAGGAAGUUGAAGAUGUACCAGACAAGGAUAGUGACGAGGAUCUAAGUGACGCUUUAGAAAAGCAAAUGCAUGAUGAGCUCGAGGGUUCUGUCGAUGAGCAAUCAACGAAGUCAGAUGAGGAGUAUGAUGAUCUGGCAAUGCGUGAUGAACAAGAAAGUGGGUACUGGUCUGAAGAUGAUGAAGGCAGCAGUCUCUACAAGCAUGAGCUACGGUCAGAAAACAAUGAAGGUGGUGGACAGGAUGAUCAUCAAUUUGGGAAUCCAGAAGCAGGCAGCAAGACUGAUGAUGAUAGAUACCGGCAGAAUCUUGAUCAGUUCCUGGGUAACAGCAAAAAUUAUUCAAAUCCUUCUUGUUGCUACUCCUCUCUAUUAUUAGAGAAGGAACAGCGGAGCAUGUCUACAGAUGAUGGUGCUGCACAGGCUAACCUUCUUAUUGGAACUACAUUCCAUGGCCGAUCAAGGAGUAUUCCUGCACUGGGUAAAUAUGGAUCUUUAGCAAAUGGGCCAAUUUUGUCUGGCGCACCUUAGUUUUUUGGUGAUGCUAAAAGGCCGUCUUUAUGCUUGCUUGCUUUCUUCGUUUGCUUUUUUUUUUUUUUUUCUUUCUGUAGAGUUUGGUAGGCAGGAAGAUGGGAGAUAUACUCUUUUGAGCGCUUGUUCAUACGCACCAAGAGGAGUUGUGGUGUUUUAGCUACAAGUCAUUGUUCCGCUUUUCGCUGUAUGAAGAAUGAGUUGAUGAAAAGGAAUCACCUUUUGUAC